AUGGAUUGCGGCUUAGAGGACCUUCCCCUAGUUAGUCAUCCAUUUACAUGGAUCAAAGGAAACCUCCAAAAUAACCUGGUUGAAGAACGGCUAGACAAAGCGCUUGUUACUAAGGAUUGGUGUCAUUUGUUUGCUAACUACCUUCUAUCAAACAUUGUAGCAAGUAAAUUCGAUCACUAUCCUAUUACUCUCAAGCUUGAUGCUAACCUUUCUAAUCCUCUGCAUAAGUAUUUUCGCUUUGAGAAUAUUUGGAUGGAAGAUCCAGAUAUCGAUCGUGCUGUUAGAUAUGGCUGGAACUAUCAUAACAAAAAAGGUGUCGAGAAUAAGAUCAUCUCUUGUGGUAGAUAUCUUUGUCUUUGGGGUAGACGAAAGCAUGUCAACUUGUGUAAAUAUAUUGAUAUCCUUAAGCGUGAUAUGGAAAAAUGCAAAAACGCUCAGGGUAGUACUGAGUGGAGUCUAUACUUUCAGCUACAACACCAACUCAGCCACCAACUUCAUAGCAUGGAUUCUUAUUGGAGUCAACGUGCUAAAACUUUCUGGUUAAGAGAAGGGGACUCCAAUACAAAAAAUUUUCACGCAGCGGUGAACAUACGUCGUCAGAAAAAUCAUAUCUCCACUCUUUAUGACUCUGAAGGUAAAAAACACUCCACCCUUACUGAACUUGGUAACCUUGCAUGCUCUUACUUCCAGGACCUAUUUAACACGCUUCCUGGGAGAUUCACCUUGUAA